AACGCAAAGGAAGAAAACAGAAACAGAGAGAAUGAGAGGGACGAUGAGCGGGGCAUCGAAUCUCCUGCAUGUAUGGCGAAGUCCUUCUACACAACAAUUUCUCAGAAGCUCCAGGCUCUCUCAAGAAAGCUCUGCCUCCCUGUCAUUUGUUAGGAAAAUGCAAACCAUCACAUGUGAAAUUACUAAAGGAAGUUAUGUACCCAUUACCAAAGCCAGAAAGGAAGUUCCUACAGAGGCAAAAACUUUGUCGAAACUAGAGCCUGUCGGCGCAUUUCAAAAACUACCAAUGGUGAUGCCAUCAAUUGAUAUUCUUUAUUCGGCAUUGAGGAAAGCAAAGAAGGUCUCUCCAACAAAGGGCAUUGCCAAUGCUGCAAAGCGAGAGAGAAACAAAGGUGCUAAACAACUUGAUGCACUGAUGAAAGAAUUGGCUGUUCCAUUGAGAAAUUAUAUGGAGAAUUUCCCAAAUAAAAAGUAUCUGCACCCUUAUGAACGAUCUCUUAUUGAGUUGACUCUUGGAGAUGGAAAUUAUGAAAAGGUAUUGGGAAGGGUAGACACUCUUAGAAAAAAGGUGCAGUCUGUUGGGAAGGAACAUGCGUCUCUCUGUGCCAAGUCCCUGUCAAAACGUGAAGCUGAGGAACGAUUGAGUGAGGGUAUGGAAAAGCUGGACAACAUUUUUAAACUUGAAGGAAAUGCUGUUGAUGAUUUAUUAAACAUUGCUAAGACAUUGCGGGCAAUGCCUGUAGUUGAUCUGGAAACACCAACUCUGUGUCUUGUUGGGGCUCCUAAUGUGGGAAAAUCGUCUCUAGUCCGUAUUCUCUCAACUGGAAAGCCCGAGGUCUGCCACUACCCUUUCACAACUAGGGGAAUUCUGAUGGGUCACAUAGCUCUAAAUUAUCAGAAUUUUCAGGUGACUGACACUCCUGGUAUUCUGAAGAGAUGUGAUGAGGACAGGAAUAAUUUGGAAAAGUUAACACUUGCUGUCCUUUCACAUCUACCAACUGCAAUCUUAUAUGUCCAUGACCUGUCCGGAGAAUGUGGGACCUCACCUUCUGAUCAGUUUGUCAUAUACGAAGAGAUCAAAGAAAGGUUUAGUAACCACCUUUGGCUUGAUGUUGUCUCCAAGUGUGAUCUGCUGCGAGAGUCGCCUGUCAUCUUCAGCACAGAAGAUGAAGAUGCUGACCACCAAGAGAUGGCAAGGUAUAGGAAAAUGGGACCCGAUGGAGCAAUCUGCGUAUCAGUGAUGAACGAAGUGGGGCUUGAUGAGCUAAAGGGUAGAGUGCAUGACCUGCUGCUUUCCCAGUUAGCCAGGAUCAAAAGCCAAGAGAAAGAGCAAGAAAGCUAAACUACUUAUGGAGGGGCACUUCUUUAAUUCCUUCAAAUAUUGCAAGCUGUGGUGCAAUAGAGUGUUGAAGUAACUGGCAGUUCUUCAGAUUUGUCUACGCAGAUAACUAUGAUAAAAAUCCUGCCAAUCAAUGUCUCACUCAAACCCACAUUAUCAUGUAUCCUCUCCAACUACGUAUUUGGAUGCUUGAUUCAAAUAUGAUGAUUGGCCAAUUUCCUGGCAAUGCAGAAGAGUUGGUUGACCAAGUUUUGUAUUUCGGGGAUGUAAUUCUCUAAUUAACUAUAUACUUAAUGUUUUGGCAACAUUGUUUGUCAAAGCAAAAGGAAGAAAUGAAGAGAAAAUUGUUGUAUA